ACUGAAUAAAUUCGAGAUGUAACCUUUGACCUGCGAGAGGUUACUUGGGGUCAACGAUGAGCGCGAACGGACAGACCAACUUCUCAAUCUCAAAAUAGUAUCUUUACAGCGUUCUGAACCCAUGAUCGUUAUUUAUAGAGGUCAGCAGCGGUGUAAUGGCCGAAGAAGAACAUUCAUCUAUCCCUCUAGAGCUGACAGUGGUCGAUGUUUACAAAUGGGCGGCGGAAAUCGGCCAGGAAUUCGAGAGACUGAUUGACACAUUUGGGGCCGAGUCCGUCACCGACUUGAUGCCAAAAGUGGUGCGAGUUUUGGAGCAGCUGGAGAAGUUGGUGGACAGAGAUGAGAAGGAACACAACGAGGUGUCCGAGCUCAAGCUGGACGUGCAGCGGUUACAGGCCAUGUACCUGGAGAAAAGUGAACAGAAUGCCCGUGUACAGAAGGACCUUGAGCAGGUGGAUGAAUCCUGGAAAGAGGAAGCUAAAGAGCUGCUACAGACCAUCUCCAGACUACGGGAGGAGAACAAGCAGCUCAACACUGCUCUGUCCUCACACACUGCGGGACAACAUGCCCAGGCUAAAGACUACGGGAGGAGAACAAGCAGCUCAACACUGCUCUGUCCUCACACACUGCGGGACAACAUGCCCAGGCUAAAGGACCUUGAGCAGGUGGAUGAAUCCUGGAAAGAGGAAGCUAAAGAGCUGCUACAGACCAUCUCCAGACUACGGGAGGAGAACAAGCAGCUCAACACUGCUCUGUCCUCACACACUGCGGGACAACAUGCCCAGGCUAAAGAGAUUUCUGAGAGUGAUUUUGAGGUGAUGGGUCGGCUGAAGGAGACUGUAGACAGACAGAGGGCCACCCUCAGGGCAAAGGACAUGGAGAUCAACCAGAGGAACAUGGAGUUGGAGGCUCUUCAGUCGCAGGUGGAGCGCCUGGCUAAAGUGAACCACGACCUGCGGAGGAAACAGGCGCUCACCCAGCAGCAGGGGAAGUCCCUGGUGGAGGAGAAGGCUCACCUCCAGGCCUCUCUGCAGGGGAAGGAGCAGGAGAUAGCUGCACUCAAGGACAGGCUGGGGCUGAAGGGAGACCUGGGGGACCAGAUUAUCAAGGAGAUGAUGGAGAGCCUGGAAGCACUACAGACAGAGGAUGGUGACAGCAGCCGUGGGAAGGAAGAGCCCCCAGACCAGACCCCGCCUGAUGACCCAGCUAACCUGGAUGGGAAGUUAGUGAUCGACCUGUCCGACCCAGACCGUCCCAGGUUCACCAUGACGGAGCUCCGCUCAGUGCUGCAGGAAAAGAACGAGCUGAAGAUUCGCCUCAUGGAAGUGGAGGAUGAACUCAGCAAGUACAAGAACAAGCUGACAAAAUCCACUCAGACUCUUCCCGGAGAAGUUUUUCCGGACACAAACACAGUCUGGACACAGACCUACAAUCCCGUGGAGGACCCGUUUAUGGAAAGUAGCGUAGAUAACAGGGACUCAGAUCCUGAUGAGGAUUCGAGCAGGUCGAGCGAUGGAAGCUUGUACUUUGACUCCGACCACUAUUCCCUCAUGAGGGACCCUGAAAGUGAAGAUGAGACAGAUGCUCCAGUUCCUGACUUACCAGAGCCAGCAGCACAGCAGCCUCAACAGGAGUCUGGCAUCAAAAAACUAUUCAGCUUCUUCUCAAGGAGUAAGGCCUCUCCAGAUCCUCCAAGCCCUUCUUCUUCUCACCAACCCUCCCCGAGUCCCGCCUUGGACGUCUCAGAAAGUGACAGCAGCAUCUCCGAAGAACAGCAACAACCCCACAGUACCGAAACCACACCAGUCCCUGACGAAACCACACCAGUCCAAGCCGAUACGGUAUCCGCCCCCGCAGAAACCGCCCCAACCGAAUCCAGCGUGGUGUCCGACCAAGCCGAACAGAAGAACGGCCACAGCCAGGAGAACAGUGACAAUGACCAAGAGGUAGACAAAGCCGAGGAAGCUUCAGAAACUGUAGCAACAGAUGGGAAAGUGCCGGAGAUGUUGUUAUGCAGUGGUGUGUGAUGUGACACUGGGGAGAUACACAGUGAUCAGCGCUCAAAGUUUUUAUUUGGAAAUACUGGUGCACAGAAAACAUAAAAUAGAGUGUCAGCAAAACACAAACUUUCAGCGCUUUAAUCUGAAAUUCUAUAGCUAACUUUUUAUUGUCAUUUUUUACUCUUCUAUCUUUAAGAAUAUGCUGCUUGCAAUAGUAACAUAUUUUACUAGAAGGGUGUGUUCAUGAUGUGGUUUUCCUGUUUGGGUUCAGGUUUGGUUGCUGCAGUUAGUUCACCAGGCACUGGAGUGACCUGCCUUCCUUCCUGCCAAGAACCCUUCAAGAGUCUCAGUUUGCUUCCUAUAAGUCUUCAAGAGAGAUCAAGGACACUAAAAUGAUGAUCUCAAAUCAGUACAUGACAUUGUGAUAGAUUUUCCUGGUUGGAAAAGAAAAAGCAGGAGGAUAGCUCUGUUUGCUCUCUUUUGUUUGUAGUGGGCAUGUGUGACUAUACUGGUUUCUCCUGGCCUUUAACAAUACACACAUUUGCAUAGUUAUAAUAAGCCAUUUCACUGUUUGAACUGCACAUGCACAGUAUGGUGCAAUGUAGGUAUUAUGUAAUGGAGCUAAGGCAUCAAACCUCAAGUGCCUUAGAACAUGACAUGCUUUAAUGAAGAACAGUUUGACCACUUGUGCUGUGGUGUACACAGACUUGAUACUGUAAAUGCAGAAAUGUUCGCUGUGGAUUAAUGUUCGCGGUUUUCGCGGUGACCACUUCACCGCAAACUUAAAACUACCGCGAACAUUUUUCUAUUAUGGUAUUAAACUGCAGUCUAUGGUGUUACCGGGAAGUUAAAACCACCGCGAAAAGUCAUUUUUCCCGCUACCGCGAAAUCAAAUCCCCGCGAACUUAAAUGCAUUUACUGUAUCAUUCAGGCCUGCCUUGUGUAGACAGAAAGCCUACAGUUAUGUGAAGAAAUCGAGCAAGUUUUGUGGAAAAGUGUCCUGUAAUAAUAUGUUGGUUUCUGUUUAAUCUCGUGCUAACCCAUAGAUAUGUUUUUGAUAUUUUUUGGUUUCACUUGCUGCUAUGUUCAGAGAAUACUAUGUGAUUCUUGAUUGCAUGUAUAGAUUUUAUGAAUACAGCUGAUAUGAUUUUAAUGUACAAUACUUCUCUCUGAAUUCUAAUUUUGUUGCACUCACAAUGAGAUGCAUUUUUGAGAUGCAAAUUGUGCAAAUUUUUUUAGUAAAAAGGAAAUUAUCCAGAAUGUUAUUCUGUUAACAUUACACAGCAAAUUUAUAAACUGAUUAGCAGAGUGAAAGUGGAUUUUAUUAUUGUAAAACAAAGCUUUUAUGAUCCUGGAAUAGUGUAGGUCACACCAGGGAAAACUAAACGAGAGGCAAAAUGGCAGAUUUACCAUUUAUAUGUUUAUCCCACCUAUGUUUUUAUUUCAUAUAAUGUUACCACUAUUAAUAAUAAUAAUUACACUACCCAGAUAAUUAGAAUUAAGGGCCUGCAGUAUCAUUCUACAAAUUGCCAACUUGCCAUGCACCUGUUCUUUGUGAAAUAGCUUUUAUUUAAUCAACAAUCAUGUCUUAUGCAAUUAUGUGAUACUUAAGUGCCAUAUGUAGGUGAUAUUGCUAUUAUGAAUGCCAAGAAAGAAAAAUUGUUAAGUUGGUGUCAUGUAAUAUUCAUGUGUUGGAGUUAUUAGAUGUACACAUUUCAUAGUAUGUAACUGUUUUGAGAAAGAUGAACUACUAGUAUUAGUCAGUAUGCCUUCAAUGUGCUAACAACCUUUUAAUUUUUGCAUAAAAAAGAUAGCUAUAAAGUUGGAUAUAUUCUACAUUAUAUAUAACUAUUUUACACUGACUAAUACAGAAAAUUCAAUCUCACUUGCAUACUUCUCAGUGUUGCACCAGACAGAUACUUUAGACUGCAACACUUGUGCCAAAUCUUCAAUAGAAUCAAUGGCAGAUCUACAUUGUCUGUGAGUGAUUUUUCUUUGCCAACUUAAAAAGGUAAUGAAGUGUAAGAACCCAAAAGGACACUCCCCCAUACUGAAGCAGCCUUGAUAAUGUGGUGUAAUAAAAAAAAAAAAUGAUGUAGUCAGUUUGACACAAUUAUUUUAAUACAAAUGAAUUUCGAACACACUUUUACAAAACAAUUACUUAGAACUAUGUUUCUGGAAUUUAUUCAAGUGUAAGCCAAAUUUCUUACUACACUGAGCUAAGUUUUCAAUGUACUCGUACAUCAGUCUCUCCUGUUCUUCCUCAUUUGCCUAUUGAUCAAAAUUGGGUGGCAAUAUUCACAACAGAAAAAUCCAUGAAUUUCUCUGAAACACCUCAUUUGGUGAGGGUAUGGGCAAUUUUGUGCCUAACACUACUAGUAUUCAAUUUCUUAAUACAGAAACUAGU